GAUGUGAAGGAAGUUCAAAUCACCGGGGACAGGAACCCAAAGAUGGGGGACACUCUGAAUCUGACCUGCAGCGUUGAAAGUUUCCCUCCAUCAUUUAUUGCAUGGACUAAACACAAUCACAAUGGCAGCCUGAGCAAAAGCUCCACAUCAUCCACACUUGUCAUUCCUAACAUGACAGCAGAACAUUCUGGACUGUACAUCUGUGAAGCAUCUUACAGGAGAAGGUCUCUGUUUUCAUAUGUCAACAUUACUGUGAGUUCAGAUCUUGAGAGAAAUAGUGGAUCUUCCUGUCCAGUUCUUUCCUGGGUCGUUGCCGGUGUGUCUCUCAGUGUCAAUGUUCUCUUCAUAUUCUUCAUAUCUUGUCUUUGGAACUCAAGAAAGAAGGUGAAGCCAAAUCAAGAGGACAGCACUUACGUGUCGCUGCAAAAGACAGACGUAUCACCAGAGUAUGAGGUUAUUACCCAGCGUCGAUGUAAGCUGAUCCGUUCCAACCCUACAGUGUUUAGAAUAGCAUCCCCAUCUUCCAGGCAUGAUGUGAGCUAUGUGAAGGACCUUCAGAUCACAGGGGAGACACGCGUGAAGGAGGGUGAGAGUCUGAAUCUGAACUGCAGCGUUGAGAGUUUCCCUCCAUCGGUUCCAACGUGGACCAAAUCUACCAACGAAAACAUGCAAAAUGGAACAGAAGCUGCUCUGCAGAACGGCACUGAAGCCUACCUGCAGGAUGAAAGUGGACUCAGCUCCUUUACCAUCUCCAACGUGACAGUAGAAGAUUCUGGUCAGUACAUCUGCACAGCAAAACAUCUGAAGGAAAUCGUCAACGUUACCGUGAUAUAUAAAAGGAAACCUCGGAUCACAGGCGAUGCAACCGUUAAGGGCGGCGGCGUUCUGAAUCUGACCUGCAGCGCGGAAAGUUUCCCUCCGUCUCUUAUUAUGUGGCGUAAACUUCCAACACAAGACAGCACAACUUCCAACAUACAGCUGCACAACGGAACUGAUGGUGUACUGCACAGCGACACCGGAUCGGCCACCCUCAUCAUCCCUAACGCGAAAGCAAAUGAUUCUGGACAGUACGUCUGUACGGCAAAGCACCUGGACACGACUGUGGCUGUGUAUGCUGAUGUGACUGUGACCUGGUUCUCAAUCGUCCGAAAUGGCUCUGGAUGCGUGGUGGAAUCUGAAGUCCUGACCUGUGUGUGUAAGAGCGAGGGGUUUCCUUUACCAACCAUCCAGUGGCCGCUGCUGAGGAAGCACGCUGACUAUUCCGUCAACACCAACGUGUCAAACCACGCCGUCAGCAGCACGCUCAUCCUGACUGCUAAAAACCUCGGCAACGAGGCCGUCGAAUGCUUCAGCAGCAAUGACAACGAGAACGCAACAGAAAGCAUCCCCGUCCAAAAAAAGCCGUCCGACCUCGGUGGUACAUCCCAAAAAGUAUUUGACGUUGUUUCAAGGCUGGAGAUCAUCAUUGCCUUUUUGAGCGGGGUUCUUUUUUCCGCCUUUUUUUGCUGUUUCGCCCAAAAAUGCUACAGAAGAAAGCAAAAGGAAUCUGGACAUUUGGACGAGACUCUGGAGAUGGUGACCAGUCAAGAUGAUCCAGCGGUAAGUGACGGUCAAGCAGAGCAAGAUGAUCAGACCCACGCCCCAGAAGGAGCUGAGAAUGGAGCUGUGGCAGCAGAGAAAGCAGCUCCUGAACACAACAGCGGGCCAAAAGACGUGGAGUACGCCAGCAUUAACUUCUCCCGGUUGAGAAGAAGGAGUCCCAGAGAGGCGGCAAGGAGAAAAGAGAGCACUGAGACGGAAUACGCUGAAAUUAAAAGAGAAGUGAAAGAGGAGAGGGGAGAUGAGGGCGAUGGAGGUGAGGGGGAAAUGUUGGCGGGCGAAAAGGAGGAGGUGGUGAUGGAGGAGGAAGAGGAGGAGGAGGAGGAGGCGGAGGCAAAACCUCGUGAGGCAGAAGAGGAGAAGGAGGAAGAGGAGGCGGUGUACUCCAACGUGAAGGAUAUAAUGGAUGAGAUUUGAGGACUGUCGCGCGGCGGAGUUACCCGACGAUGAAGUUUCUUUGAUCUCAUCGGACGGGAUGAACCGAUGCGAUUCGCUGGUGAUGGUUUAAGUGAAUGAGUGACGGCCCUGUGGACAGUUUCUACUCCAUGACUUUCAAACACCAAAGUGGAAAACUGAAGUGACUGAGACACAUCUCCACGCCGUCUACAUGUUAGCGUAGCGGCUGUGCAUAUCCAUUCACUCAGCAUUUGCGAAUUAGACCUGCACGAUGCUCAGGAGCAAAUAUCUCUUCAGCUCAUGAUAUCUGGUGUGUAUUUUUCUUCAGGCUUCAGCGCCAAUUCUGUAAGAUACCUUCAAAAAGAUGAGAAUUUCUUUUCGACGCUAGCAAUCAAAUCUGGCCUGCGGUAAAGCAGCCCUGCACCGUGAUGCUUCCUCCAGCGUACUCCAGCUUUAGGAUCAUGUUCAUGUUGGUAUGUAGUGCUGCGCAUUCUCCCACAAGAUCCUUCCCCCGGGGCUUUCUUUGGCAAACCUCAUACAUACAAGAGCAGUGGUUUCCUCACACCUUUCCUGUACGAUGAUGUCAACAUUUACACUCUGUAUUUUUUUACUUCUCGCAAAGCUAUUAAGGUGUCAAAGCCGCAAUACCUAAAACAAGCGCCCUGCUGCCUUGAACUUUUAGGGGUUAUAAAAAGCAGUGCUGUGAAAACUUCUGCAGCAGAUCACAAAACACACGUCGUCGUUACAUUACGGGUCAAAAGUUCCUCUCCGGCUACAUUCUUUGCACGACAUAGGACCUUUUCUAGUUGGUUUUCAUUGGGUCAUAUUAGCAAAUACUAUACAUAUGAUGGUAUGAUUAGAACUUUAGAUUAAACGGAAAUGGUGGUGUGGUUCACUUUAAUCAUCACCAUGUUAAAAAAAAAGUCUGGUAUCAAACGCUUUUAUUUAAACGUUAAUUUUUUGUUUAUUUAUUUAUUUAUUUCAUAUCAUACCAGUGUGGAGUGUUUCUCAUGCGUUUAGUGUGCGAGGAUGGAGAAACGACACAUGUUUUAAAUUGUUGACAUCAAAUAAUCGGACUCACAAAAGACUUACCGACUAAUCACAGUAAAACAAGCAAAGACAGGCCUUGGGUAUGAAACUAAUACUACUGUUGGGGGAUUUUAAUCUUCUCUCAGUUUAAUGUUCUGCAAAUGAAUGUGCACUGAUGAACACUUUCACAUUGACUGUACAGUAUAAAUGAGGAGAUGCCAUGCCAGACUGCUUAUUCAGGCGUAGCGGGAGGCGAAGUGAAAGUCAGCGACUCUGGGUGUUUUAAAGAAAACAGGCCAAUGAAUCGGUUGUGGUCAUAAGGAGAGUUACCAGAGCACCAGACUGAGAGUUAAAAUGUUACUGGAAGUGAAAAUUUAAGAGCUUCCUUUCAACUCAGGGUUAAAGUUGUUGGUUUUUUGGUUUUUUUUUUUUUAAAAUCAAACCCACUUCCACACAACCACACAACUC